AUGAGCAACGUUUUUUUCAGAGGAUUGAACAACUCUUCGGGACCUACGUGCAGAAGAACAACAACUUGUCGAUGCACGAGCGUGUCGAAAUCGAUGAAUCCAGCAGGACGGCAUAUGAGCUUUACAAAAGUACAAUGGAUUCGAAAAUCAAAUCCCAGCGAAGAUCUUUUGAAGUUUCUCUUCUUAACAGCUGUCACUCAGAGUCGAAAAAAGAAGCUAUUACAGCUUACGACAAGAAAAACCAAUACGCCAGAAACGACGCUUCGUUUGGAAUGGCAGCUGAAGUUAGGAGAAGCCUUGAAACGAGGAUUGAACAACUCUUCGGGACCUAUGUUCAGAGGAACAACAACAUGGCGAUGGUUGAGAAGGCGGAAGAACGAGCAAAGGCGAACAAGGGUCCAUUAGGCAAAACUUUUGGGGCCGUAAAAGAAAUCGUCACCGCACCUGUCACACUCGUCGAGUCCGUAGUCGAAGACGUCGCUGAAUUAAUUUCUCCUUCUUCAUG